AUGGAAUUGGGUCUUGAUGGCUCUGUUGUAAGAACGUUAUUGUCCAAGCUUCCCCAAAAUAUUCCAUUCAAAAUAUAUGGUGAUCGAUUUUUCUCAUCUAUAAAAUUGGUUAAUGAGUUACAAAGAAUUGGAUGUGGCUACACCGGUACAAUAAAUCCCAACAGAACUGAUCACUGUCCCCUUCCAUCUAAAUUGGAUGUCAAAAAAACAACUCGAGAACAUAUGACGGAUAAAACAACUGAGGUAACCAUUACAUCGUGGAACGAUAAUCGUCCUGUGUUGACAAUUAGUUCAUGUGAUCCUGUUAAUCCCAUAUGCCAUGCCAAUAGAUGGGUAUCUACUGAAAAGAAAAAAGUACCCAUUCCUCAACCCUUUGUUAUAGCACAAUAUAAUAAAAAUAUGGGAGGCGCAAAUUGCUUGGAUCAAAACAAUAAUAAUUGUAGGAUAAGUGUGAGGUCGAAAAAAUGGUGGUGGCCAUUGUUUGCAUUCUGCUUAGACUCCAUGAUGCAAAAUGCUUGGCAGAUAUAUAGACGGCAGCCGAAUUGUACGAAAGUAGAUUUUCCAAAAUUCAGAAGAGAGAUUACCAAUCUUUAUUUGAAAAACUAUGCGCAGCCCUGUGUUGGUGGAGGAAGACCAAAAUCAUCUAAACCUUUGGUUGAAAGGGUACAUGGAAACAUGCGAUUUGAUGGUUUGAAUCACUGGAUGGUUCUUGCUCUAAAACAAGGACGUUGUGCUUUAUGUCAUAAAAAUACGACAAAAAUGUGCGAGAAGUGCAAUAUCAAUCUGCAUUAA